AUGGCGCCGCCGUUUUUGACAAUCCCCGACGAGCUUCUCCUCAAUAUCUUUUACGACUGCGACAUGAAACGAAAAACUGCCCUGGUGCGCGUCAAUCGCCACCUGUACCACAAGCUGAACCCACAUCUCUACAUCUUCAAUGUCAGGAACGAGAGAAGCAGUGCCUUGGUGUGGGCUGCCUGGACGGGCAAUUUUGAGACCAUGAAGCUGGCCUGGGAUGCCAGGGAUGACAACAACUCCUGGGACUACAUCAAAGACUAUGAUGUUACAUGUCGAUGGAGUUCACUCUUCCCAAAAGGUUUCCAUGAGCAGACGAACUUGGCCGUCGCCUAUGGGUGGGAGCCCAUGGACGGGUUUUCACCACUCCAUUUGGCUGCGAGCCAGGGAAAUACCGAGAUGGUCGCCUGGAUGCUCUCUCACGGCGCCCGGAUCGACUCGGAUGCCGCGGAAUGCCUCAAGUGUAAGAAUCUGUUCUAUGACACCUACAUCCAAGAAGUAUCUGGCUACCCUCCCAGCCUCUACUUCGGAAAGGACCACACCGUCUCACCGCUUCAUCUGGCAAUAUGUCACGGGCACAUGUCUACCGCUGAGCUUCUCAUCAAACACGGUGCCUCCACCGUGACUUGCGCCAACGUCGGCUCAUCGGCCAUGCACGACGCUUCUCUCGCCGGGCGAAUCGACAUCAUGAGGUAUUUGGCGGCAAACCAUCCCGGAAUACUCCAUUCCGUCGACAAAUCAGGCAUGUCAGCCCUCCACCACGCUGCCUUCAGUCCCGCUGGUGCUAGCGUCGUUCCCGUCCUUGUGGAGCUUGGUCUCGACAUCAAUGGCCAAGACCAAAGUGGCGCGACUUCGCUGCAUCUAGCAACCUGUCUUGGCAAUGUCCAGGCAGCAAUCGCCAUGGUCGAUGCCGGCGCAGCCAUCAGCACGUGGAAAGCCAAAAGGGGUCGCACGUGCUUUACGCCCCUGCAGGUUGCGUGCUGGCCGCCCCGAUUCACUGAUCUGGUGUACGGGUUCUUCGGAUUCGAGCAGUAUAAGUCCAACGGGGCGUCACUUAGGCGUUUGUGGGAAGAGAGACGCCAAGUUCUGCUGCAAAAGAUGCUCGAGAAAGGUGAUACCGAUAUCAACGCCAGCAUGAGCCUCCAAAUCCGUCGCGGGUUCCUACACAGCUGCUCCGUGCUGCGAGCCGCUAUCAGCGAGCCCAUUUGCAUCUUCAAGAUGCUCCUCGACGCGGGUGCCGAGCCAUUGCCGGACACGGCCUAUUAUUUGCUCAGCAAUGACGAGUGGUCGGUCGACAAAGAAGCAAAGUUCCUGCUGCUGCAGCAGUACGGCCUACGCCUCGAUGCACCCCUGUCCUCCUAUAAUGGAACUCUUCUAGAGUAUGUUGUCAACAUCACCUACGACUCCCAGUUCCCAUACUCCAGCGCUUCGCCUUCAAAGUUCGCCUUCGCCAUGUUCCCAGCCUACCUUGUCCGCCUCCUCAUCAAACGCAUCGAGGUAAAUCUCCACUCGAGCCGCGAGCACCUUACCAAGGUCGCACUAAAGCUCAUCGAGAAAUCUCGUGGACAGGCCGAGGCCUCACUAAAGCUCACCGAGAAAUCUCAUGGGCAGGCGUGCGGGGAAUUCGCGGGCUACACCUUUCUCGUCGAGGCUCACGCCUUACUCGUCGAGGCAGGUGCCUCGAUAGAACCACGGGUUUCUAAACCCUGGAUCGAAAAGCUCUUGAACAACUGGCUCACGCACUGCGACGACCCUCGGUACCUACGUCCUGAAACCAUUACUCUGCUGCUCGGGAUAUUCCCUACCAUCUUGUCGGCAGAGAAACUGCUCAUCAACGCGCUGAUAAGUUUCGGCACCGUUGGACACUAUCACGCAUCACAGCAUGAUAUCAACCGAUGUUGCCGCCCCAAGCCUAGUGUCAUCAUGACGCUGUUGGGUCUGAUCAAGGGUCCCAUUACGGUCAAGACCCCCCUCACAGGCAGAUCCGCGUUGCACUUCGCCACAGCCUGCGCGCACUGCCCAGCCAUGGAAAGUCUGCUCCUUCGAGGUCAAGAUCCAAACGUCAGCGACAAAUUCGGCAUCACCCCCCUCCACAACCUGCUCGCGUUCGGCCAUGUAUCCCCCGAGGGAAAGCUGCACGGCUUGGAUGUUCUGCUGGAGCAUGGCGCAGACCCGUUUCACGUGGUUGCGGCAACCCCCGACAUGGUGGCAGAUGACGGAUACGGGCUGAAGGUCCCCAAGCCCAAUCCCUCGCAAUAUACAGCCCUGGAAAUCUCGUUGUACCACAACCGCGGCAUGUCACAGAUGCUCCAGCACGUGUCGCUGGCUGACAUUCCCGCGAGCCGCAUCCCGAGCUUCACUGUGAACUGCAUCAGUCUCUGCCUCAGCCGGACAGCAAGGCUCACGUCCUUUUGCGAGCUAGCAAAGGCUUGGGGUGAGGUGCAGCCCGAGAAAUGUGCUGACCUGAACAAAGCAUUGCUCGAGGUGCUUCGGGCCUUGUGGGAUACCCUGGCCGACCUGAAUGGCCCCAAGAGGACUUUGUGGUCCGUCGUCGCGGAAAAACUGGCCAUCUACAUAAUCUGGCUUUUCUGCACCAACACCACGGAAACUUCCCGCGGCGACGACGGCGUUGACGAUGUCUGGGGUUGCAUUGCGUCGCACAUGGCGUCUCGGAAUGUCUCUCGCCCUGCUCACCAGGAGUGGGCGCCGCUGGACACGGUGCUGGAUAGGUUUUUCGAGCUCCAGAGCCUCCCGUCGGGAGGCCGUACCAUCCUCUCCCCACGGCCCCUCGACUUUGCCCAGCCUCGGGGUGAUGUUUUCCAGUGGCUCGAUGGCCUGGUUCCGCAGGAGAGUCUGUUCGACGACUCGAAUGUGUGUACGGACCAGGCUCCGACUCAAGAGAGACUGUCGACACCAGCUAGAGAGCCGGCAGCGCCAACCGAGGGCUUGGAGGCAUCCUCCGAGCAUUCGGACACAACCGACGGGGAGACAGAAUUCACGCCCGGAAUAGAGGGGCAAGGGCCCAUUGGCAUGGAAAUCUGGGUCCGCCUCCAGGUGCUUCAUCCUUUCCGACUAGGCUUCCUGGAGCGCGUGAAGCAGUUGCGGGCUUGA